GCCCCUGGUUUGGGCGGCCCUGUUGAUCCAGGCGGAUAGGGAGCAGCGGCAGCAGGAGGAGGAGGAGUGUGUUUGUCGGCAGAGAGGCAGUCAGAAGGACCGGAGUCCCAGCGGCAGUUUAGGAGAGUCUGAGCGGGGAAAACUGUGUCCAAUACGGGAGAAGUCAAACGGGGAAAUCCGCAAUGAGUUGGGGAACGGAGCUCUGGGACCAGUUUGAUAAUCUGGACAAACACACUCAGUGGGGGAUCGACUUUCUCGAGCGGUACGCAAAGUUUGUCAAGGAGAGGCUGGACAUAGAGCAAAACUACGCCAAGCAGCUACGGAACUUGGUAAAGAAAUACUGUCCAAAACGCUCUAAAGAUGAGGAGCCAAGGUUCACGUCAUGUCUGUCCUUCUACUCUAUACUGAAUGAACUUAACGACUAUGCCGGCCAGAGGGAGGUGGUGGCGGAGGAGAUGGCUCAUAAGGUGUACGGAGAGCUGAUGAGGUACAGCCAAGACCUCAAAGCAGAGAGGAAGCAUCAUCUACAGGAGGGCAGGAAGGCCCAGCAGUAUUUGGAUCACUGCUGGAAACAGAUGGACAACAGUAAAAGGAAGUUUGAGAGAGAGUGUAAAGAAGCCGAGAAAUCCCAGAUCAACUUUGAUCGGUUAGAUAAUGACAUCAAUGCCACCAAGUCGGAGGUGGAGAAGGCCAAAGCCCAGCUCUACCUGCGCACUCACAUGGCUGAUGAGAGUAAGAAUGAGUACGCUGCUCAGCUACAGAACUUCAACGCAGAGCAGUGGAAACAUUUCAACAACGCUAUUCCGCACAUCUUCAAGAACCUGCAGGACAUGGACGAACGUCGGACAGUGAAGCUCGGAGAGACGUACCGGAGCUUCGCGGAGGCAGAGCGGAGAGUCAUUCCCAUUGUCUCCAAAUGUCUCGAAGGAAUGGUUUCUGCUGCCAAAGCUGUUGAUGAGCGAAGGGAUGCAUCCAUCGUCGUGGAGUCCUUUAAGUCUGGUUUUGAUCCUCCGGGCGACUUCCCCUUCGAGGACUUCAGUCAGAAUCUGAGCAGAACGGGUUCAGACGGGACCAUCAGCGGCACACCGAAAGGGGAAAGAGAGAGAGAAGGGGCCCCGGGGCCACGACCUGACCCAAAACACAUGAGCAGAACCAAGAACAAGUUGUGGCUGUUUGGGAAGAAACCAAAGGCCCCAUCUCUGGAGGAUUUCAGCCACUUACCCCCCGAACAGAGGAGGAAGAGGCUGCAGCAGAGGAUUGAUGAGCUCAGCAAAGAGCUCCAGAAAGAGAUGGAUCAGAGAGACGCCUUGAACAAGAUGAAGGAUGUGUAUGAGAAGAAUCCACAGAUGGGAGACCCCAGCAGCCUACAGCCCAAAAUAUCAGAGACGAUAUGUAACAUGGAGAAGCUGCGCUCAGAAAUCCACAAAAAUGAGACUUGGUUAUCUGAGGUGGAGGGAAAGCAGAGCUCCAGAGGAGACAGAAGACACAGUGCUGACAACCACCAUCACACUCCUCAAGGCAGAGAGAGUCCUGAGGGCAGUUACACAGAUGACACCAGUCAAGAGCAUCACACACCUCACCGCCGCCCUGGGCCUCCACAGCCUGGAAACCCAAACCCUGACCCACAUGAGUUUGAUGACGAGUUUGACGACGACGACCCCCUGCCUGUCAUAGGACACUGCAAAGCGUUGUACUCCUUUGAUGGUCAGAACGAGGGGACGCUGGUGAUGGCAGAAGACGAGGUUUUAUACAUCAUCGAGGAGGAUAAAGGCGACGGCUGGACAAGGGCGAGGAAGCAGGGCGGAGAGGAAGGCUACGUCCCCACCUCUUAUGUAGAAAUCACCCUGGAGAAAAACAGCAAAGGUUCCUGAGGGCUGCAGGGUGGCCGGGCGAUUUGAUUGGCUGGUGGAGGGGCUCACGCUGACUGCUGAUUAUUGGUGGUGGUGGCGGUGGCGGGGGGGUGAUGGUGGAGAAAGAGAGAGGUAGAGAGGGGAAGAGAGAUAAAGUGGCAGGUUUGCAUGUCUGCAUGCUCACUUACCCAUAAUCACCAAAGCAUUCUGGGAUACUAGAGGAAGACGGGAGGGUCUUAGAUAGAGAAGCAGACGACCUGAAAGCUGAAAACAGGCUUUGAUGUGGUUUAACAUGUGGCAGCCACUGGAGAAGUCCCACCAUUACCUGCAGGAGUGUUUAACUCUAACUUGGUCCUGGUGGUGAAACAGCCUGUGAAGACCUUUCAGACCAGACAGUGUAGAGCAGCUGUCACCAGCCUCACACAGUCGUCUCUUCUGCAUCCAGCUGCCAAAGUUUGAUGGUAAAACCUGAGCGGCUGCAGAUUUACUAACACUCCCUCUCUGCUGCUCUUGAGCCAGGAGAUCACUCUACCGCCGAACUUGUAAUGAAAUAAUCAGUGGCUGUGAGUUCCCACUUCCUGGUCUGAAAGGCUGUUAAAGGAACAGUUCACCCUAAAGGGAAAAUUCAGUCAUGAUCUGCUCCACCCUCAUCUUGAAGGAAAGCCAGGUGAAGUUGUGCAGCCCACAAAACAUUUCUGGAGCUCAACAGGCAAAACAGCAUUGCAGCAUUCCCUUUAGCAGCUGAAGUAGAUGGGGACUUUAAAAAAGCCCCGUCCUCCAUCCAGGUUUCAUGGAAAUCCUUUCAGUAGCGUUUGUGUAAUCCUGCUGACAAACCCACCAUGGAUGAUAACAAAACAGACAUAAAAUGGCUCCAUACAGCUCGUCCAGUGUAAUACGAGUCUCUGGAAGGCCAAAGAUCCCCCGGAGGUUUGGAAAGAGGUCACAUACAGCUGCAGUCGAGCUCCUGCAGCAAUUUCAGCGAAGCAGCUAAAGGGAAGAUUUUUACUUAAAAAGGGAUAUAAAUUAUGUCCUUUUUAUUCAGACUGUGGGACCUCUGGACUCUGAGGUUAUACCAGUUGAACUGUAAGGAGCUAUUUUGUAUUUUGUUUGUGUUACUACAGUUGUUUAGGAGAACGCUGCUUUUUGUUUUAACAUUUUUGGAAUGCACAACUUGUCUGACUUUAACAUCAACAUGCGGGUGAGUAGAUAAUGACAGAAUUCUCAUCUUUUGGUGACAUGUUGCUUGAAAAUAUGGCUCUUCUGUGAUGGCUGCGCAUGUUUAACGGCCUUGUUUAGGGGUAAAAACCUGCUGCUGAUCUGCUCCCUGAGGGUGGAAACGUUCAUGGAUCGAACAAAUUGAAGCAAGAAGCGGUGUUUUUUCAACCGAAGAAAGCACGGCUGCAUGUAAACUAGAAAACAUUUAUUUUCAUUAGCCGUGUAAACAGCUUUGGAAUCCUCUCUCUUUCCGAAUAACUGGAGUAUUUUGUGCACGUAAACAGUGUGUGAUGUUGCAGGAGGUGGUUUUACCUUCCACAGGAGAGCAGUGCAGCAGCAGGGUGUUUGCUCUGAUAAGUGUUUAGUUAUUAUUUAUCUCCCCACCUCACUGAUUCUCCGUCUGCUUUGUGCUUUAACAGGAGAGUGUGCAAGUCAUGAAUGAUGAGUCUCCUCUGUAGGUGCCGCUCAAAGCGCUGAAGGAAAAGUCUCUCAGCCUUUUGUCGUGGCUUCUUUUUGGGUUUCACAAACCUUAAAAAUAGCAUUUUGACAGGAAAUUCUCAUCACAAACAAGAGAGCAGCUUCUUCCUCUGAGGAAUGCUGUGAGAUUCUGUGAGUAAGUAAGUGAACAUAGUGUUGAGUUGUUUCUUGGUCAAACUGCUCUUUUUAAGGUGAAAAAUAAGGAACAAAUGUUUCCUUCUUGUGGAAAAUUUAAAUAUUUUUGAACUUUUUGAAACCGUCCAGUUUCUGUAAAUCAGACUUUACCUCCGAAACUUUGGUCCGGCUCCUCGCGAGAGAAAAUCAGUUAAUUUCUAACGCAGAACGUCAGGGUUUGUCACCUUAUAAGGGUUGCAGUAUUUGCUGCCACUAACAAAGUCAGUCCGACUCAUCCCUGUCGUCAUCAUCAUCAUCAUCAUCUGUGCUCUGUUGGUGAUGUCUGCCUGCCUGCCUCCCUGAGCCACCUUGCUCCUCAUGCCUGCCUUCACCCUCAUACAGUCGCAUGUCCUUCAUGUGUCACAAACACGAUCGAUCGCUCCAUCCGUGACUUUAACUGCAUUUCUAUGAAAGUGUGUGUUUGUAACGUUGGCUGUGUUGUCUGUUGAAUGAAGUCCAGCAUGAGUUUGAUUUAUGUUUGCGUGUGUUAGAUGUCUUCCAAAGCAGCAGCCGAGUAAAAUCCGAGCUGCUCUCUCUGCAGAUAGCAGGACUAUCAGGUGAAUUCAGGACCUCUCUGCCGCCUUUCCUUUCCCACCUUUCCUCUCCUAUUCUUCCCGGGUUGCAAUUCCACCAGUCGACCAGCAGGUGGGAGCCUUCCUUCACCAAACCACAGCUCAGCUCGAGCAGGACUGAACCACUGUCAGUUACACCAAACAUCAAGAGGAGCUCUGGUGUCUUUACAGUCAGACUCUGCCUUAAAACUUCCUCUUGUUUUACUGUGGAGGGAUUAUUAUUCCACGCCUACUCACACAUGGACACACACACACACACACACACACGCACACACACACCUGGAUGUGUGUGUUCUUCCGCCUGACUACAUCUCCCAUCAGCCACCUUAGUUCAGCCCCGCCUCCUCGGGGACCCUACUGCAUCUCCAUGAAAACGUGUUUCCCCCAUUUAAUCAGUUGUAUUUGUGAAUGUGACGACACGCACACAUGUAUCAACUACAUGUAGGCACCUGUCUGGAAGGCCACCCGGGCCGAAACUGCUUAUUUUUGUCUGUUUGGCUUCCAUCCACGUUUCCGUGUAAAUGUACAUACAUGUUCCUGUGAUACAUGCGUGACGUUUUACCAUUGAAUGAUUUGUACAUAUUAACAUCUUUUAUGUCAUGCUGAAUGUGUUUCCAUGGUGAUUGUUUUUAGCUUUGUUUGAUCGACACUCUUCACGAGAGACAACGCAGUUUGAAUUGAACUGAUGCACUUUGCCCUGAAGUACUACAGCAUUUGAAUCUGAUUAAAUAAACGGGUGAGUGAGUGAAUGGAUGGAUGGAUGGAUGAAUCUGUCUGCUGAAGGAAGUGUGAACUGUGUGAAUGACCACUGUGUAGCAGCGAGAAAACAAAAACGGCUCUAGUUAUUCUCUCCUCCUGAUGGUUUUUAUACUCUUUUGUAACUCUUGACGAGCAUUGACCGACUUUCUUUGCAUGAUUUUCUGGUUACUUUACUCAUCUCUGGUGAUUGUUUUUCAACCAUUCGCUGUAUCCCUUCAACAGACUAACAAAAAAAAAAAACCUACACAUCUGAGGUAAAGUUUGACUUCCUUCUGAUGCUAUUUAAGACAAAAAUGCCACUAAUGAAUCCGCUCAUGUCGAUGUAAACAGCAGGUGGCAGCGCCUCCGUUGUGAUCUGUUCCUUCGAUGAAGCUGUGAAAUGUACAGAACGAUGCUGUAGGUGUUGUUACUUGAACUUAAGGUCACACUACUCCACAUUUCCUCUCCUGUCUGGGAUUCAUUUUGCAUCAGACAUUCAAGAAACUCAUUGUGUCAUCGUGACAAAUUAACUUUCCAACAGUUUUCCAGGAAUUUUUCCCCAAACCACUCUUGAAAAAUGAUGCAAAUGAAAGUAAACAAAUUCUGCUGUCUGUCAGUUUUUGUGUUUCAUGUACACAUAUCCAUCAACGCCUCUUGUUCUGUUGACAGCUAAUGUCACAGCUGACAUCUUGGCUGUUAGGUUGUUGUUUUUUGUUUUUUUUUUAAAGCUAUGAUAUUAGAUGUGUUAAAAAAUGUGUUCUUGUCAAAUUAUUUUUCUGUUUUAAACAAGUGAGGGCUGAAAAUGAUGCCUAUUGAAAGUUUUAACAGCUCGCUGCGAUGUCUUCCAGUGCUAGUGUUGUUCAACAAACAGUCCAAAACCCAAAGAUUCAAUUAAAAACUAUAUAUGAAAUAGAAAUCCUCACAUUUAAUAAGAUGGAACCAGUGAGCAUUUUUGUUAAAAAUGUAGGAAAUAGAAAUACGCUUCAACACUAAACCUGCUUGUUAAUGUAAACGUGCACUCAGACUACAACAUCCUCUGUGUUCUGAUAAGUUAGUGUUUAUUUUACUAACACUUAAACAGACCGACAGUCUGAAUAUUUAAUUUUCUUUUAAAAUUUCCUCCUUCAGGUUAACUCACAGGCCUGUUCGGAGUGUACUGUCCCUUUUUAAUCAAAGCAUUAACGAUAUAAGCGAAUAACACAGCAGCUUUGAAACUACCAAAAGUCCCAUUAACUGUUGAUUAUUAUUAUUUUUUAACCAUUGAUAUACAUGAACAAAAAAAACAAACAAACCCUGAGCUGUGCAUUGUAAAAGCCGCUGUGCUUUACUUCUGAAUAUUAUGCAAAACCCCAUAAUAACAAAUGAGCUUUGAGAUGCUAAAUAUGAUAUAACUGCAGUAAGUUUGUGUACAAGUUUGCUGAAACCUGCCAAGCAACUGUGAGCAUGGUGCUGUUUGCCACCCAGCAAAGACCAGACGUCUUCUACAUUCCUCUGUUUUUUUUAAAGUCUCAUCAUGUACAGAUUCUCUCCUGCUGUCUGUUUAAGUCACAGUGAAAGCCUUUUUGUUUGUCAGCGUCAAACUCAACUCACAGUAAAUAAAACCAGCAGGUACAACGUGAUUCUGCAGGAUUUUAACAUCCAUGUAAAUGUGUUUUUACCAUGUUGUAUAUGUUGUAAUAACCAAUGGCAGUACUUCUCUUUCCAUAUCGAUGUGCACAUCUUUUUACUUUGAAUGUUGUCAGACACUUUUGUGAACAAAAUGCUUUUUUGUUUUUCUUCUUCUUCCAAGAUAUUGUUCUAAUAAAAUAAGCAGCAAUGACGA